AUGUCAUUUUUCAAUUAUUUUAAGAAAACGUAAAAAAAUAAUGAAGAAUAAUAAAAAUGCAAAAUUAGAAAUUAUUUUGAAAAAAUGAAGAAUUCUUAAUUAAAAUUUUUGUUUUAAGAAUAAGUUUCUAAAUUUAAGCCUGUUGGAAAAGUAUCAUAUAAAUGUUUUAAAUAGAAAUAUUAGUUUUAAGAUUUGAAAUUCAAUACCAAAAAAAAACUCAACCUUCCUGGUCCACAAAAAUGUUUAUUUCUGCUCAAUUAUCUAUUGACAACCUAAAGAAAGAGAAUGAAUUGUUAAAAAAAAAUUAAAAUAUGUGAAAAAUAAAAAUAAAAUGAAUUGAAAUAGAACAAUAAAUAUUAAAUCUUAGAAGUUUAUAAAUAUUAAUCUAUUCAUUUAUCCUUUUAAACUUGUUUUUAAUAAAAUUUUGAACUAGCCUUUCCUUUAUUUAUUUUAAUUAAUUCAUUAUUAAUUUCCACAGACAUUCCAGUUACUACAAAUUGA